UUGGUGUAUCGGGACAAGGCAGCUAAAGCAGGCUGGAGUGUUUUGCAUUAAAAUUUCGCUGUGGAUUUGUAUGAUUUUGGAAAUACAAAUCACAGCAAACCUGAAGCAAGCCUGGCCUCGUCGUCCGAAUCGGAAGACGGUGGAGUUUCUCCGCCACCGCGUAAAAAGCAACGACUAUCAGCUGGUACCAUGCAGACUAAUGGCUGCCCACAGCACAAUGGAGAAGCCAGGCAGAGUCCCACGACUUCCCAGCAAAACGGGGCCUGUUCUGCAGCAGCUAAUGGGACGAUGAACGGAGAAACAGAAAAAUCCACAUCAACUAGACCAAUGUCAAGAGUUGACCAAGACAUAGUCCGGUUGAUCGGCCAGCAUUUGAGGGGACUGGGCUUGAACCGCACAGCAGAGCAGCUGAUAGCUGAGUCAGGAUGUAUGCUAGAACACACUGCCGCCGCCAAAUUCCGGGUCCACAUCUUGGAUGGAGACUGGGAAAAGGCAGAUUCAGAUCUGAAUGAGCUCAAAUCUCUAGUGGAGUGUUCACAGGGCAUCUUGAAAAUGCGUUUCUUGCUGCUGGAACAGAAGUAUUUAGAACACCUUGAAGAUGGGAAGGUGAUGGAAGCACUGCACUGUCUACGUCAUGAGCUCACACCCCUCAGAUACAACACAGAGAGAGUUCAUGAACUCAGCUCCUAUAUGAUGUGUAGUGACCCUCAGGCUUUAAGGGAGAUGGCCAACUGGGAAGGAAAAGGCCUCAAUUCUAGACAAGUAGUCAUUGAAAAACUUCAAGCAUUCUUACCACCGUCAGUGAUGUUGCCCCCACGUCGCCUCCUUACCCUCUUAAACCAGGCUGUAGAGCUGCAGAAGGACAGGUGCCCCUAUCACAACACCAAGUGUGACAACAACCUGGACUCAGUCUCCCUCCUCAUAGACCAUGUCUGUAACAAAGACCAAUUUCCAUGCAAUACCAUUAGAGUUUUAAACGACCACUGUGAUGAGGUUUGGUUCUGUCGCUUCUCACCAGACGGUAGUAAGUUAGCCACAGGCUCAAAAGAUGGCACAGUCAUUAUCUGGGACAUAGACCAAGAGACACAUGAUCUGAGACAUAAAAGGACCUGUGAGGGUCAUUCCUAUGGUGUGUCAUAUUUAGCCUGGAGUCCAGAUAGCACUUUUAUCAUAGCCUGUGGACCAGACGAUUGCUCCGAGCUCUGGCUAUGGAAUGUAGAGACUGGGGAACUUAAAGUUAAAAUGAGUCAGUCUCCGGAAGACAGUCUGACCAGUGCAGCCUGGCAUGCAGAUGGCAAGAAGUUUGUCACUGGUGGCACGAGAGGACAGUUUUAUCAAUGUGACUUAGAUGGUAAUGUUUUAGAUAAUUAAGGUGUGCGAGUCCAGUGCCUGGCUUGUCAGAACGAUGGCAAGACAGUGUUAGCUGCUGACACACAUCAUCGCAUUCGGGGAUAUAACUUCGAUGAAUUUUCAGACACUAAUUUAAUACAAGAGGACCAUCCUGUCAUGUCUUUCACUGUGAAUGAAGCGGGCAGACUAGCAUUGCUGAAUGUAGCAACUCAGGGUGUUCAUUUGUGGGAUAUAAAGGAUCGAUGUUUAGUUCGGAAGUUUCAGGGCGUUACCCAGGGAUAUUACGCCAUUCACUCUUGCUUUGGCGGCCUCAAUCAAGACUUCAUUGCCAGUGGCAGUGAAGAUCAUAAAGUAUAUAUUUGGCACUUAAGACGUGAAAUGCCAAUUGCCAUUCUGGAGGGUCACACGCGGACAGUUAACAGUGUACACUGGAAUCCUCAGAUCCCCAGCAUGGUGGCCUCUGCCUCAGAUGACGGCACUGUGCGGAUAUGGGGGCCUAUAGAUAAAUCCAGUUUAGCCAAUGAAAAUGAGUCCGGUAGGAGCACACCAGUAUAGCAGAAGGCUGGAAUAGAGACAGAACUUUACAUACCAACUAUAAAUAUAUUCUAUAUGUCUUGAGUAUAUAUUGUACAUAAAGCAAUCCAGGAGUGAAAGCCUCUCUAAUGGACUUUGUACUAUGAGGAUAACAAUAAACACAGUUGAGUUUUAAACAACCUUUGAAGGAGACCACCACACUUGAUCAAGAAAACAAUGCAAACUUCAACAGUAGGCAAAUGAAAGAAAACUGUGUGACAGUCAAGAAAUGUAGUGAUUUAAAUGUCUGCAUCUGCCAGCUUAUCAGAUUUUAGUGUAGGCUGAAGUGUUUUUUACUGGGGUUAGAAAUUUGGGGAUAUUACAUAUAAUUACAUAAAGAUGGAUCAAGGAAGAAAAACACGGCAUAAUUCCAACGUCCUGUUCUUAGAUCAAUCAUGUGACUGCUAGAAGCGUGACCAGUGUUAGUAUAUCACUGAUGUUACAGAAAGCAGACUGAACUGUUUUUGAUUACCUGCAAUUAAUGUUUAUCAAGGACAACAUGAACAAUACAUAUAGGCCACUACAUGGGAUGCUUACAGUGAAAUCAUGAAAAAAUACUGCGCACCACUGCCAUGCAUAAACUGGAGUUUAUGAGAGUGCGUAUUGAAACAGAAUGAAACAUAUUAUUACGGUUUGAUAAGUAUCGUAAUGUUUCUGUUUAAACAAUUUCAGCUUGCUCUGAAACCUGGCAGUUAUAUUUUUUAGUUCCUUACUCUGUCAUUUCAUUAACAUGAAAAUCUUAAUUGCAUUAAUUUUUCUGAUAUGUUCUGCAGCAUAUAAAGGAGAUUGGAUUUCUACAUUUAGCUGUUCCAGGAAACCUACUCUAUAUUUGUGAGUGCUGCAAAAUGGAAGUCUUGGCAUAAGAUCCUUCAGUACACUUACAUGCUUCACACAUGGUCCUUUUACAUCAAAAGUUUUGAAAAGAUUAUUUUCUCAUUUUCUUUGUGGAAGCAGAUUCUGUCAGCAGAGAGGAGUAAUUUUGGCUCACACCAAAUGUGUCUGCGUGUAUUAAGACAAUGUCCUAUUUCCAUAUACAUGUAUGUAUUAGUCAGUGACAGAAAUCUUUACUCUAGUGUACUGACUCCGUGCCAAGUGGCCUUUUUGUAUUCAUUUUCUAAUUAAUUUGGCAGUUAGUAGAAUGGUCUGUAUCUUUGGGAGAUAUGGUGCCGUCUUUGUUUUCAUUUGCACUUUAUGUUUAUUCAUCUCGUCAUAUUUAUGUACAACCAUUUCUACCAAUGUUCACGCGUGAAGUUGACCCAGUGUGAUUCAUGUCCCACCAGUUCACUCUUGCCCUGAACAUAAACAGAACACUAUCAACUAUUGCCUACUGUUAUGCUGCAGUAGCAUUGUUACAAAAUAUGCAUUCCGUUAUAUGCAAAGUGCCAAUUUGUCUGUGGAAUUAAGAACAUCAUAGAUCGUACAUGUCAGUCUACCCAUUUUGGAUAUGUACAUGUAAUGUAUUACUUACCUAUGUGACUUAGAUGGGCCUACAACAUUUUAGGGUAGAUUAUGUCAAGUGGACAAGUUUAUGUGCAUAUUAAUAAUUAGAUUAUUGCUUUUUCACAGCUACAGAGGUCUUGAAAAAUGCUUAUUCCUUUCAAGGGUGUGCCAUGGUUAAAGAUUUUACUGGAAAAAGAAAUGGCCAGAUUUCUUAUCUAAUAUAUUCAUACACAAUAAUUCUUUAUUCCAUUGAUGGAAAAUUUUACGAUACACAGCGAGAUAAAUAAUCACACAAACAAAUUUGAAGAUCAUCAUUUUAAUGUGUAACAUAAUUGUCAUUUACGGAUAUUACACUUAACAUUUAUUGAGAUUUGUUUUGAUAAGUGUUAAAGGUUAGAGUGCUUGUACAUGCAGGCCUACAAUCCAAAUGUGGUCAUGUCCCUAAAGAAGCAGGACCUCAAGUUUAGGGGAAUGUACAAAUGUGGAUGUAUUUAUGAACCUAGUACAACAAGGGACAUAUGAAGAUACAUACAUGCCUCAUAGCAGAUCUAAAAAUUAGCUGUGUUGCAGCAGUCUGAAGAGCAAGUGUAAAGUAAUAAUGCAAGCCUACAGUGUUUUUCAAUGAAGUUUCUAAUGGUCUAAAGGUUAUUAUUUAAACUGAGUGUAGAAAUAAUCCAUACCUGAUCCAAAGUGAAUUAACAGAAGUUUGCAUAUAGACAAAUCUUUCAAAUGAAAGCAGUUCUAAAGAACUAAAAAUAGCUAGCUUUGACUGAAAAAAUGUUCUGAUAUUUUUUUAUGUAUUCGUUUAAAAAAGCUGAAAAAGAAAAACCGUACCAGAUUUCUUGAUUUUCUUCUAGGUCAAGGUAAUUGCAGAGUAAGUAAAAACAAUAGUGCUAAAAGCUUUAUGAGUAUCUUAAAAUACCUAAAGCUGACAACAGACAGCUAGAGGUAUAAGUCCAAGGACAGUGCCUAAGCUAUUAUCCACCAUCGGUACAUCAAGUGAAUCAAACACACACACCUUAGCCAAACUGAAAGUGCUUUGUCUCCUUCCCUUAGAUUCUAUCAUUUGUUCCU